CUCUCAAUGGACUGACAAUGACUCACUGGUGUCCCCCAGGGAUGCCCGUUAUCACCCUUUGACAUUUACAUUUUCGACACGGCCGUGUCCCUUUUUCUGAACCUGUUAUUUUUCUAAACUCGGAAGCCGUGGACUGGAGGUGAGAGCCAGCGGGCGGUCCGGUCCUCACCAUGGUGUUGCCGCCCCCGGACAAACGCCACGUGUGCCUGACCACCAUCGUCAUCAUGACCAGCAUGGCCUUCAUGGACGCCUACCUGGUGGAGCAGAACCAGGGGCCCAGGAAGAUCGGCGUGUGCAUCAUUGUGCUGGUCGGGGACAUCUGCUUCCUCAUCGUGCUGCGCUACGUGGCCGUGUGGGUGGGCGCCGAGGUGCGCACGGCCCGCCGCGGCUACGCCAUGAUCCUCUGGUUCCUCUACAUCUUUGUGCUGGAGAUCAAGCUCUACUUCGUCUUCCAGAACUGCAAGGCCGAUAGGAAGUCCCUGGAGACGGUGGCCCGGAAAGCCUUGACUCUGCUGCUGUCUGUGUGCGUCCCGGGGCUGUACUUGGUUCUGGUGGCUCUGGACAGCAUGGAGUAUGUGAGGACCUUCAGGAAGAAGGAGGACAUGCGGGGGAGGCUCUUCUGGGUGGCUCUAGAUCUUCUGGAUCUUCUGGACAUUCAGGCCAACCUGUGGGAGCCUCAGCGGACCGGCCUGCCCAUCUGGGCCGAGGGACUGAUGUUCUUCUACUGCUACGUCCUCCUCCUCACCCUGCCCUGCGUCUCCCUCAGCGAGAUCUCCACGCAAGGGGAGCACGUAUCACCCCAGAAAAUGAUGCUUUACCCUGUCCUCAGCCUGAUCACCAUCAACGUGGUCACCAUCUUGAUCCGCGGGGUCAACAUGGUGCUGUUCCAGGACAGUAGAGUCUCCACUAUCUUCGUCGGCAAGAACGUGGUGGCGAUCGCCACGAAGGCGUCCACCUUCCUGGAGUACCGGCGUCAGGUGAAGGAGUUCCCUCACCCGCAGAACGCCAUGGCGUUGGAGCUGCAGCAGAACUCUGUGGGCCACAGACAUAUGCCCCACACGUCGCACUCGCAGCCCCUGGCCAACUCCACCAACCAGCCCCACGAACCCUCGCCAGCGUGUGACAUCGACACAUGACCGCCAGCACUGGACUGUCUAGACACCAGCGGAGCCUCUCCACCGCUGCCUUCAGUGACUAACUAAAACAGAACUUCUGGUGUGACUGGUUCUCUCUCUCUCUCUCUAUCCAUCCAUCCAUCCAUCCCACUCUCUCUCUCCCUCUCCCUCUCUCUCUCUCUCUCCCUCUCUCUCUCUCUCUCUCUCUCUCUCUCUAUCUAUCCAGUCUCUGAGAGUUUGGUGUUAAGAAAUAUGUGGGUUCCAUGACAGGAUGGUUUUCUUAUUUCUGUCAAGCCCACUUGAACAACAGAGGAUGUAACAACUAGAGGGAUAUUUUCAGCCUCUGUCUGCCUGUUGGAGAAGGAUAAAGAUUCACCUUCUUGAUUCUGACAGGAGGGAACUGAUGUGGUUUUUAUUGAAUUGUUUUUAAAUGAACAGUUUUAUUCUGCAAUUGAGUAAUGUAUGUUCUGUAACAGUAAAUUUGACAAUAUGUACUUCCCUGAAUAUCUGUGAUUUUCGAAAGGCCCCUUUUCGACCAUCCAUUGAGUGGCUUUUUUUAUUUGUAGUCCUUAAAAAGGAGGCAUACCACUCGCCCUACAGAAGCACUCAGUUGAAGUGGAGAAAGAGAGGAUGGAGAGGAGAAGAAGGGAAGGAGAAAGGGUCAAUAAGAAGGGUGUGUUGGAGCUGUGGGGAAGGGUGGCAGUAGAAGAGGAAUUCAGCCUCUGCUUGGUUCUGCUGCAUCGGUCAGUGUGACACGUUACGACCAAAUGGUUCUGCUGCCUCGGUCAGUGUGACGCGUUACGACCAAAUGGUUCUUUUGCCUCGGUGAGCGUGACGUGUUACGACCAAAUGGUUCUGUUGCCUCGGUCAGUGUGACGUGUUACGACCAAAUGGAUCUGCUGCCUCGGUCAAUGUGACGCGUUACGACCAAAUGGUUCUGCUGCCUCGGUCAGUGUGAUGCGUUACGACCAAAUGGUUCUGCUGCCUCGGUCAGUGUGACACGUUACGACCAAAUGGUUCUGCUGCCUCGGUCAAUUUUGACGCGUUACGACCAAAUGGUUCUGCUGCCUCGGUCAGUGUGACACGUUACGACCAAAUGGUUCUGCUUCCUCGGUCAGUGUGAUGCGUUACGACCAAACGGUUCUGCUGCCUCGGUCAGUGUGACGCGUUACGACCAAAUGGUUCUGCUGCCUCGGUCAGUGUGACGCGUUACGACCAAAUGGUUCUGCUGCCUCGGUCAGUGUGACGCGUUACGACCAAAUGGUUCUGCUGCCUCGGUCAGUGUGACGCGUUACGACCAAAUGGUUCUGCUGCCUCGGUCAGUGUGAUGCGUUACGACCAAACGGUUCUUCUGCCUUGGUCAGUGUGAUGCGUUACGACCAAAUGGUCUGGUGCUUUCGGUCAGUGUGACGCGUUACGACCAAAUGGUCUGCUGCCUUGGUCAGUGUGACGCGUUACGACCAAAUGUCUGCUAAAAGCACCAGCGCUCAGCACUAUACACUCUGCAUGAGGCAGCCAACCAUGUGUGUUAUUCUGCAUGUGUGUGUGCGUGUCUGUGUGCGUGUGCGUACACGUUUGAGGGGCAGAGGGGUGCUCAUGUGAAACUGAAUUUCAAGUUCAAGUUUUAUUGUCAAAUGCACAAGUACAGUGAAACGCUUCACUUGCAAGCUUUACCCAGCAGUGCUGUAAUCAAUAUCAAAAUAGUAUAACUAAUAAAAAAUUUAAAAUAAAUUAUAAAUAUAAA